AUGAAGUCCAAGAGUGUCAUGGCUGCUUCAGCGAUGAUGGAGCUUGUACUUGCUCAAGCCUCCGCUGAUCCUCUCUGCUCAACCGUCAUCAAUCUCCAGCCCAUUGAAUAUCAGUUCCAGCAGCCUAUCCUCAUCGACUCCUACUUCCCUGCCAACACUGACAUUGUCCUUGAUGAUGGUCUUGUUGUGCAUGUCACCAAUGCUCCCACGUCUUUGAGCACUGUCCUGACUGAUGUCUCGACUAGCUUGACUACUCUGACUAGUGCUACCAAUGGUAAUGGCAACGGCAACGGUUCUCCUCCCGAUGGAGGUUACCUCACCUUCACUGUUCCUGCGAACCCUGAUGACAUUGGCAACCAACCUGUCACCAAGACCUAUCCCCCGACUGAGCCUGGUGAGCCGGGCAUCGUGGUUAUUCAAGUUCCAACAUCUCCUCUCGGAGCUGAUGGGGUCUCUCCCUCUUCAGUCCCGUAUGUCACGGUCACUACCACUGGAGACUUUCCCUCUCUUACUACCACAACUAUCACGCCUGAUAGGCCCGGGGCAACCGGUAGUGUCAUCGUCGAGGUCCCAAACACCGAGGCUGCUUCUCCUUCAGCAUCUUAUGUCACCAGUACUACUACAGGAAAUCUUUCUCCCACUGAUGACCCUCGCACGAGCACUAUUCCACCCGGCAACCCCACCGACCCUGGCACUGUCAUCAUUAUAGUGCCGAGCUCCCCAGCUUCUUCUAUACCUUUCGUCACUGUUACCACUACCAUAAGCACCCUCAACCCAACGGACAAUCCUAUCACAUCUACAGUUUCCCCAUCCGGGUCGACUGGCACAGGUACCGUCAUCGUGGAGGUCCCCCCUUCCGACUCUCCAGUUUCUUCAAUCCCAUUUAUCACUACUACUACGACCGGUACUGCCCUCAACCCAACAGACGAUCCUGUCACUUCAACUGUUUCUCCAUCUGCGUCAACUGGUACAGGCACCGUUAUUGUUAUCGUGCCAAGCUCCCAGGCAUCAUCUGUUUCCUCAGUUCCAUUUGUCACUGUUACCACCACUGAUAGUACCCUUAACCCAACAGACAGUCCCAUUACAUCUACUAUUUCCCCUUCUGGGUCAGCUGGUACAGGCACAGUCAUCGUUGAGGUCCCGCCAUCCAGUUCUCCUGCUUCCGUCCCAUUUACCACUAUUACCACCACUGAAACUACCCUCAAACCAACAGACAGUCCUACUACGACUACUAUCUCACCAUCUGGAUCAACUGGCACAGGCACAGUCAUCGUGGUGGUUCCACCCUCUAGCUCUCCCACUGGACCUGCCUCAUCUCCCACUCCUGUAACCAACAGUCCGUCGGCUUCAUCACCCGGAGGUGGCAGCUCUGGAGGUCCUGGUUCCUCUGGCCCUAGCAGCUCUGCUACUCAGGGGCCUAGCGAUAGCGCCGCUCCAACUAGUAACACUGACGGUAGUGGACCAUCAUCCUCUGCUCCUGAGACAUCCAGCCCCAGCCCGGCUACUACCGACGAUACUCCUGCGAGCACUUCCGCUAGUGUACCAGCAAGCAGCUCAGCUGCUUCAUCAAACACACAGUCUGAGGCACCCUCCAGUGCUGGUGCAGACACAAGCAACCCCACUACUUCUCGCACCUCUUCUUCUACCCCUUCAACUAGUGAUGCAGACAACAGCUCCACCGCCAGCCCCACAACCUCCAGCCCUGCUUCGUCAGCGGCUACCUCUGCCCCCGGUUCUUCCACAGAGUCCGUUCCCAGCUCAUCCACCAGCGCAGCGGCCGCCGACUUUGAUCCAUGCCCCGACAGUCUCUAUGGAAACCCUGAGUGUUGCUCCCUCGAUGUUCUUGGGGUUGCAGACGUUGAAUGUGACUCACCCACCGAGUCUCCUACCGAUGCCGCCAACUUCCAAGCCAUCUGCGCUGCCAGUGGUAAACGAGCUCGAUGCUGUGUUCUCCCUGUACUUGGCCAAGCUCUUGUUUGCAUGACCCCUGUCGGCGUUUCAAACUAG